AUGCAGGGGCCUCUUGGUGCUUUCUUGUCAACCAUGGCGAAGCAGCAAAACAAGGAUCCUGGGUUAAAGGAGAAGUUUAAGAGCCUCUUAGGUCUGGGACCAUCCCGGGCUAGUUCCAAAUCAUCAGAGGGCAAGCAAACAGAGUUUAUCAUCACUGCGGAAAUACUCAAGGAAUUGAGCGUAGAGUGUGGAUUACAUAACCGGAUACGAGCGAUUGGUCAAAUCUGUGAAGUAGCAAAAACCAAAAAAUUUGAAGAGCAUGCGGUGGAAGCAAUAUGGAAAGUGGUAGCUGAUAUGCUGCAGCCAGAGCUACCAGCAGAGGCCAGACAUGCUGUGCUUCACCUGCUGAAGGCCAUCAUUCAAGGACAGGGUGAGAGACUAGGGAUCCUCAGAGCACAUUUCUUUAAGGUUAUCAAGGAUUAUCCUUCUAACGAAGAUCUUCAUGAACGGCUUGCAGUGUUCAAGGCUCUCACUGAUAAUGGAAGAUCCAUAACCCACCUGGAGGAAGAAUUGGCUGAGUUUGUCCUGCAGUGGAUGGAUGUCGGGUUGUCUUCAGAAUUCCUUCUAGUUCUAGUGAACCUGGUCAAGUUCAACAGCUGUUACCUGGAAGAUUACGUUGCUGAUAUGGUCCAUAUGAUCUGCCUAUUGUGCGUUCGGACAUCAUCAUCGGUUGACAUAGAGGUCUCCUUGCAGGUCCUAGAUGCUGUGGUUUGCUACAACUGCCUGCCCUCGGAGAGCCUCCCGGUAUUUAUCAUCACCUUGUGCCGCACCAUCAACGUUAAGGAGCUUUGUGAGCCAUGCUGGAAGCUUAUGCGCAAUCUCUUGGGAACCCAUUUGGGGCACAGUGCUAUAUACAACAUGUGCCGCAUCAUGGAAGACAGAGCCUACAUGAUGGAUGCAGCAUUACUGAGAGGAGCAGUUUUCUUUGUCGGAAUGGCUCUGUGGGGUGCACACAGACUGUAUUCUCUCAAGAACUCACCUACAUCAGUGCUGCCCUCAUUUCUCAAGGCCAUGACUUGUCCCAAUGCAGUUGUAUCUUAUGAAAUAGUCCUGUCCAUAACCAGAUUAAUCAAGAAGUAUGGGAAGGAGUUGCAGGCUGUCACUUGGGAUAUUCUUCUGGAUAUCGUUGAGCGAUUACUCCAGCAGCUACAGAGUAUAGAGAACCAGGAUUUGAAGUCCAUUGUACACGCUCUGUUGACUACUGUAGAAGAACUCUAUGACCAGAACGAAUUCCAUGGGUCUGAGGAGAGAUACUUUGAGCUGGUGGAGAGAUGUGCUGAUCAGAGACCUGAAUCUUCUCUACUAAACUUAAUAACGUACAAAGCUCAGUCUAUUCACCCUGCCAAGGAUGGCUGGAUUCAUAACCUGAAGGUGUUAAUGGAGAGGUUCUUCAGGAACGAGUGUCGUAGUGCAGUUCGGAUUAAAGUUCUGGAUGUCUUGUCUUUUGUCCUGAGCAUUAACAGACAGUUUUAUGAGGAGGAGCUGAUUAACGUGGUGGUGAUCUCACAGCUGGCACAUAUUCCAGAGGAUAAAGACCACCAAGUCCGGAAACUGGCUACUCAGCUAUUGGUGGACCUGGCCGAGGGCUGCAACACGCAUCACUUUAACAGCUUGCUUGAUAUCAUAGAAAAGGUGGCUGCACGUUCUCUUUCGGCUCCGGUUGAUCUGGAGGAGAGAGACUUUCUAUCUCAUUCUGCUGCUUUAGAGGAUGUGAAGACAGCUGUUCUAGGCCUCCUGGUAAUUCUCCAGACGAAGCUGUACAGCUUGCCUGCCAGCCAUGCCACUCGGGUGUAUGAUAUGCUUAUUAAUCACAUCGUGCUCCACUAUAAGAACGUGUACCGCCUCCCGAUUGCUAGCAGCAUCCGAUUGCAGGCAUUUGACUUUCUGCUGAUGCUUCGAGCGGACUCCCUCCACCGCCUUGGCCUGACCAACAAGGAUGGAGCAGUGAGAUUUAGCCCCUACUGCCUCUGUGACUUGGUAGAACCAGAGAAGAGGGUGUCUGAGAAAAAGCCUGCUGGGACCCUCUCCCCUCCAUCAGGAAGCCCCAGUGUUUCCUCCCAGAAUGCCACUCUUCGGAUGGGCUACCUGCCCUACUCAUUGCUCUUCCGAGUCCUUCUGCAGUGUUUGAAGCAAGAGACAGACUGGAAGGUGUUGAAACUGGUUCUCAACAAGUUACCGGAGUCUCUCCGCUACAAAGUGCUAUUUUUAACCUCCCCUUGCAACCUUGACCAGCUGUGCUCUGCACUCUGCUCCAUGCUUACAGACAAAAAGACAGCUGAGAGGUUGCGUGGCACUCCAGACGGGUUCUCCCGCAAUGACUUGCACCUGGCUGUGGUUCCAGUGUUGACUGCAUUGAUAUCUUACCAUAAUUACCUGGACAAAGCUAAACAGCGUGAAAUGGUUUAUUGCCUGGAACAUGGCUUAAUUUAUCGCUGUGCAAACCAGUGCGUUGUGGCUUUAUCAGUAUGCAGCGUUGAGAUGCCUGACAUCAUCAUAAAGGCACUGCCAGUCUUGAUAGUCAAGUUAACCCACAUUUCUGCUACAGCAAACAUGGCAAUACCUCUCUUAGAAUUUCUUUCAACGCUAGCCAGGCUGCCUCACCUCUAUAGGAACUUUGCAGCUGAGCAGUAUGCGAGCGUGUUUGCCAUCUCUCUGCCAUAUACAAAUCCCUCCAAGUUUAACCAGUACAUCGUGUGCCUAGCACACCAUGUGAUCGCUAUGUGGUUCAUCCGCUGUCGCCUGCCCUUCCGGAAAGACUUUGUUCCCUACAUUACAAAGGGCUUGCGGUCAAACGUCCUCCUCUCAUUUGAUGACACCCCUGAGAAGGACAGUUUCAGGGCUCGCAGUACAAGUCUGAACGAGAGGCCGAAAAGUAGUUUAAGAAUAGCCAAAAAUGCAAGGCAAGGCUUGAAUAACUCUCCUCCAGUGAAAGAGCUGAAAGAACCCUCUGCAGUUGAUGCCUUCCGAUCCCGCAGCAUCAGUGUGUCAGAACAUGUGGUCCGCAGUAGGAUACAGACAUCCAUCACUAGUUCAAGCCUGGGCUCUGCAGAUGAGAAUUCGAUGGCUCAGGCUGAUGACAACUUAAAAAACCUCCACUUGGAACUCACAGAGACCUGUCUGGAUAUGAUGGCCCGAUAUGUCUUUUCAAAUUUCACUGCGGUGCCCAAGAGGUCUCCUGUGGGAGAGUUCCUCUUGGCUGGAGGUAGGACGAAGACGUGGCUGGUUGGUAACAAGCUAGUGACUAUCACAACGAGUGUUGGAACAGGGACACGGUCACUGUUGGGCCUUGACUCUGGAGAGCUCCAGACCAGUACAGAGUCAAGUCCAGACCCUGUUUUGCAAGUGAGACAAACUAAAGAAGCUCCAGCAAAGCUGGAAUCUCAAGCUGGCCAGCAGGUGUGCAGAGGAUCUCGCAACAGAGUCAGGUCAAUGUCUGGUGGUCAUGCCUUACGUGUUGGUGCUUUAGACAGCUCAGCCCCCCAGGGGUUACGGAGUUCUGCUGCUUCUGCACCUCGAACAGAGAAGGCCACUCCUGGUGCCCACGCUCCUCUGCAGAAAGAAAAAACAAACCUGGCAGCAUAUGUCCCACUGCUGACACAGGGCUGGGCAGAAGUAUUAGUCCGGAGGCCCACAGGUAACACAAGCUGGUUAAUGAGCCUGGAGAACCCGCUCAGCCCCUUCUCGUCAGAUAUAAACAACAUGCCGCUGCAGGAGCUAUCCAACGCGCUCAUGGCCGCAGAGCGCUUUAAGGAGCACAGAGAGACGGCUUUGUACAAGUCCCUCUCAGUCCCUUCCUCCAGCUUGGCCACCGGGACGUCCAAACCAUCCCUUCUGCAGCGUUCCAAUACAGUGGCUUCUUUCUCUUCCAUGUACCAGUCCAGUUGUCAAGGAAAGUUGCACAGGAGCAUAUCCUGGGCAGAAUCGGCAGUAGUUCUGGAAGAGGGGAGCCCAUUGGAAGUGGAUUUAAAAGAAACCGAUUCCCUGGUGUCUCAAGAGUUUGAAGACUUUAAGGCUGUGUGCUCUGAGCAAGCCAUGGCUGAGGAGAAAUUCAGCAAACCGCACAAGGCUUACAGCAGGUCCUCUUCAACAUCUAGUCAAGAAGAGAAAUCUCUGAAAUCCGACGAAGUGGUGGCCGGCGGAAUUCCUAUCGGCAGAGUUGUCCCUUCAGAGGAUGGCAGGACUCUGGAAGAACUCUCCUUCCAGCCUUCCCAACCACUCAGCAAAUCUAGCUCUUCCCCUGAGCUUCAGACGCUGCAGGAAGUCCUCAAAGACACAAACACUAAAGAAGCAACUGGAAGGCUGAGCACGGAACUGAAAUCGAAAUCUCAGUCUGGGAACCUUGAAGGAGAAGGGGCCAGUAGCUGGCUGAGCCAAGGGGAUGACGCUGGAAUAACUGGCACAGCCAGACUGGAUUGUAGCGUCCCUUCUUCCUCUCCCCGCUCACCCAGCGGCCACCGUCCUAGAGGGUACACCAUCUCGGAUUCAGCCCCUUCGAGGAGAGGCAAAAGGGUAGAGAGAGAUGCCUUCAAGAGCAGGACAGCAGCCUCCAAUGCCGAGAAAGUACCUGGAAUAAACCCAAGCUUUGUGUUUUUACAGUUAUACCACUCCCCGUUCUUUGGAGAUGAAUCCAACAAGCCCCUUUUGUUGCCAAAUGAGACAUUUGAAAGCUCGGUGCAGCUCCUAGAUCAAAUUCCUUCCUAUGACACCCACAAGAUUGCCGUGCUCUAUGUAGGAGAAGGACAGAGCAACAAUGAGAUCGCUAUUCUGUCGAAUGAACAUGGCUCCUAUAGAUAUACGGAGUUUCUGACUGGCUUAGGGAAGCUCAUUGAACUCAAAGAUUGCCAGCCUGAUAAAAUUUACCUUGGUGGUCUGGACGUGUGUGGGGAGGAUGGUCAGUUUACCUACUGCUGGCACGAUGACAUUAUGCAAGCCAUUUUUCACAUUGCGACUUUGAUGCCCACGAAGGAUUUGGAUAAAUAUCGCUGCGACAAGAAGAGGCACCUUGGGAAUGACUUUGUUUCCAUAGUUUAUAACGAUUCUGGUGAAGACUUUAAAUUGGGAACGAUAAAGGGCCAAUUCAACUUUGUGCAUGUUAUAAUCACACCGCUUGACUAUGACUGCAACCUGGUCACGUUACAAUGUCGGAAAGACAUGGAAGGGCUGGUGGACACAAGUGUUGCUAAGAUUGUCUCGGAUAAGAAUCUGCCGUUUGUAGCCCGCCAGAUGGCCCUGCAUGCUAAUAUGGCUUCCCAGGUUCACCAUAGCAGAUCGAAUCCUACAGAUACUUACCCAUCAAAAUGGAUAGCGAGGCUACGUCAUAUUAAGAGGCUCAGGCACCGGAUCCGAGAGGAAACCCAGUACCAGACACCUGGCUUCCCCCUGAUGCAAAUGCACCCUUCUGCUCUUACUAAACCCCCUCCCCAGGUACCACAGGACCCAGCAUCAACCUAUGAAACUGGGCAGAGAAAGAGGCUGAUCUCCUCGGUGGAUGACUUCACAGAAUUUGUGUAAAUCCCCAUGUGAUCAGCGUCUGCCCUCGGGCAUGCGGCGGAGGGGGGAAGAGAGGAGUGAACGCUCUUGACCCUGCACACUAAUUCAGCACUGCCACAGGGAGACCACUGGGACUUGGCAAACUCGGUGUGGCUAUGUUACCUUCGUGUGAACUAGUUACUGGACCGCCGUGUGACUCUGAUAGACAUCGUCGUCUUGACUUUGAGUCACCCACCAUCAGGAAAGGAGGAUUUUCUACCCUAGCUGGAGAAUCCCAGAGUGGACCGAGCCUAUAAAUUUGGUCUUUAUUUGGCUAGAGACAUGAAGUGAAGUUUAAGGGUAUCCAUCUCUGCUAGCAGCUUUCUUGCAAAAUUUAAGCAUUUCUCUAAGCAGGAGGAGGCAAAGCAGCAAGCCAGGAUAUGGUUCCCCACUCAUCACUUGGUGGGACGAUGCAGAAGCAAAUGGUGUUUUAACCCAACCAAAUGAAAGCUUCAGUCACAGUCUCUGGACACUUGGGAUCUCCAUUUCCUCUACAUGGGUGGAAAAGCUCUAUUAGCAUUCAUGAGAGCUGCAUGCACUUUCCAACUAGUUCUUAACACCAGCUCUAAUUAUAGGAAUGUCCACUAGCUUCACAAGUUACCUGUAAAAACUGCAGCUGCCUUUAUUUCCCAGGAGAUCUCCUCGCUUGAGGACAUCUCCAUGAGUCUCCCACUCCAGUGAAAUUGUUCUCUCAGACCUUAAUGAUAUAAGUAGGGAGAUGUCUGCAGGUCAGUGGAGAGGCAGAAUGGUAAUCAAAGCUGGUAUGGAAAUCGCUGCCCAUGAAUAAACUGUCUUGUAAUGAACACUCCGUUAAACCCAGGAUUCCAAAGACAAUUUGGGCCAGUUUUGGAAAUUAUGAGCAAAGGAUUUAGCUAGAGGCCUUGCCUUGCUUCUAGUGCAGUCAAUGGCUAAGCUUCCAUUGACUCCAAGGGCAGCAGGAUGGUCCCCAAGAAUGUGGCCAGGAUGCUGGGAAGUAACUUGACCCGUUUGUGCGUAUUCACACGCUCUUCAGAGAGGUGAGUGGUAGCCCAGUGUGUGACCAGGCUGCACUUGACUGGCCUAUAAUGUGGCCUUGCCAGAAAUCUUUCCUCAAAUGCAAAAUUUCCUCUUCCCUUUUAAACGACCCUUGGCUCUGGUUGGCGGCAGCAUCGCCAUAUUGGACUUGUCAUAUGGUGACGGUCCCACCUUUGGAAGCCAGCAGUUUGGAUUGUAUGUAAAGGGUCCUUUUAAUGCAGAUGUGCGCCAGGCCUUUCAGAAGUAGCAUGUCUUGUGGUGACAGAUAAUGGGACACUACACUACCAUAAUGGGAGAAGCUAUGUAAGCUGGAACGUACUGUGACUACUUUACUGUGUGCUUUUGUCACUCCUCAGUGGCUGCUGUCCUCAUCAAAACGAGGGACGAGCUCUUAAUUCGCUAAACUCAGUGACUGGGUAACAGCAGGUUUUAGUGACUGGGUAACUUCUGAGUAAUUUGAAUGGAAUCGCAGGCAAGCAAUCAAAAGCCGGAAUUCUUUUUGGAGGGAGGGAAAGGGGAGCUACUGACCAAUGUGGGACUGUCCAUUAACUCAUGUGUACGUCCUGUUUUGAGUGUUUAUACAUUGUAAAUGAAAUAAAAGUAUUUGUAUGGUUA